AUGUCGACUGAUCGCUUUACCAUCACCGAACACAUCCCCCCAGGCUGUCAUAUCCGCGAAUACCCCGGCAGCACUGUCAACCAGGAAGAUGUUCUACAGCUGCACAUCAAGCAAUACACUCCCAAGGAUCAACCUCAGCCCGUCCCAGCAGAUGCCAUCACCUUUAUUGCCGCCCAUGGAACGGCAUUGCCCAAAGAAUUGUACGAGCCGUUAUGGGAUGAGCUGCUGGACCACUCCACGCGCCAUGGGUUCAAGAUUCGUGGAAUCUGGGUGGCAGAUUGUGCGAGUAUGAAUUCGAGCGGAAUCCUGAACGAGGAUAGGCUUAGUAUGGACUGCUCCUGGAUGGAUCACUCCCGCGAUCUUUUCCUUCUUAUCAACCACUUCCGCGAGCAAAUGCCUCGCCCACUCAUUGGCAUUGGUCACAGCUUCGGUGGGAACAUCAUAACCAACCUCGCCUACCUCCAUCCGCGCCUCUUCACCACGCUCCUCCUCCUCGACCCCGUCAUCCAACUCACCCCUCCACCCAUGGGUUUCGGCACCGACGCCCUCAGCCCCAUCAACUACACUCUCUGGCGCGACGACGUCUGGCCCAACCGCGAGGCCGCCCUGCACGCAAACCGCCGAAUGCUGCACGGCUGGGAUCCUCGCUGCGCCCGUCUGGGGACGUCCUCCGAUUCCUCCAUCCCGGUGACUCUCACAACCACCAAGUACCAUGACCUGCUGGGCCAGAUCCGCGAGAACUUCGGCGCCCGAGACCCUGCGUCCGAGACCCUGCGUCCGAGACCCUGCGUCCGAGACCCUGCGUCCGGAUCCAUUCGGAUCCCCCGCGCCACGCACGCUGACUUGGACCCCCUGGCUGCGUUCAUCCCGAUGUAUCGUCCUGAGCCACGGAGUGUUUUCCUGCGUCUAGAGACUCUGCGACCCUCAUGUUUGUGGGUCCUGGGUGGCGCGACAUAUCUGAGUCUGGAUGAAAUGCGUGAGGGGAUUAAGGUCUGUGGCACGGGGGUGACGCUGCCCGGGUUGGGGCAUUUGAUGCCGUUCCAGGAGGUGAGGGCCGUGAUGGAGCCGUGUGGGCGGUGGAUUGGGGAGGAGAUGGAGAAGUAUAGGGGCGUAGAGAGGGAGUGGGAGGAGAAGAGAAGGGGGCGGAGCCAUCAGGUGUUGGAGGAGCAGUGGUAUAAGACCUUAAGGCCACUGGGUGGUGGACAGGCGAAGAAGGCACGGAAAGAGAAGAUAUAG